AUGAGGAAUAGAGGCUUCAGAGUGAAUAGCACUUUUUGUUUUGCUUCUUUUUUUCCUGGUGAAAUGACCGCCCAUGGCGAUGACUUAGGCCCGGAAAAACUUGACAUACAACUGACUGAAUUUAAGAAAGUUGAGUCAAAUGGUCACAUAGAGGAUGACGAACCGGAGCCGAUUCAGUUGAAGGUGUACGCUCGAAGAUGGGUGAUUUUAACGGUUGUUGCUAUGUUGAACAACACCAACACAAUCUCAUGGAUUGCUUUCGCUCCUGUUUCAAACUAUGUCAAUAGUUUUUACGGAGAGAACAGUGCUGCAUGGUUCUCAAUGGUUUACAUGAUGUGCACUAUACCUGUUGGAUUUUUCGCUAUGUGGGCCGGACGACGAUUUGGUUUACGUAGUGCCAUAUUGAUAGCUGGAUGGACGAACGGUAUUGGAGGACUAAUUCGGUUAUCCAGUUCGUUUCUACCGCAGCAGUACCGCUUUCCUAUCGGCAUUACAGGACAGGCAAUCGCUGCCGUUGCUUAUCCGUUCAUUAUGUUUCUUCCUACUAAGGUCGCCGGGUCAUGGUUUCCUGACAAUCAGCGUGGAUUAGCAACGACUAUUGGUGUGAUGUCAAAUCCGCUGGGGGUUCUGCUCGCCAAUGUCAUUAGCCCUCAGAUGGUGCACUCACCGCAGCACGUCGUGUAUCUGAACAUCUUCACCUUUGUACCUUCGGCUGCAGCCAUGAUUCUAGCAACGGUCGCUGUUAAACGAAGUGAGCCGAAGAUACCACCGACGUUUAGUGCGAGUAAGCCUCAGAUGGAUUUCCUUCCUGGGUUGAAAGCUUGUAUGAUGUCCAAACCGUACCUCAUUCUGUUCUUCGUCAUGGGUGGUGGAAUUGGCAUGUUCAAUUGUUUAUACACUAUUAUGCAAGAACUGCUAUGCCCUUCUGGAUAUUCUAAUUCCUUUGUUGGCAUCUGCGCUGCGUUGAUGAUUAUCGGUGGUAUAGUAGGUGCGGCCGGUAGUGGCAUGUUUGUUGAUCGAACGAAAAUGUACGAAGAGACAAUGAAGGUGGCUAUGGGACUAGCAGUAGUCUUUGGUCUCAUUUUUAUGCAGCUCACACUACACCCGAAUUUCGCCCCUUUCCUCGCCGUUACAUGUGUUCUUUUUGGAAUAUUUGGUUUGGCUACCUAUCCUGUUGGCUUAGAGCUAUCUGCCGAAUGCACGUUCCCUGUCUCGGAAACUACUUCUACUGGACUCAUUGUGCUAUCGGGACAGGUCCAAAGUGUCUUGUACGUUUUCAUUAUGAAGCAGUUCAGUCGACCGCUUCAACCUGAGCGCAUGGACUUACAGGUCUGCUCGCUCGAUGUAACCGAUAAACUUAAUCAGCCGAAGGACAACACACAGGCUGUAAUGGUAUUCUCAUUGCUGGCAGCUCUUCUCGUUCUGGUGCUGGUCAUUCUUUUCAAACCAGUCUAUCGUCGAAUAGAAGCCGAAAAAGAAAACAGAGCUCGCAUCGAUAAAGAAAAGGAGGCGCGUGCGAAUGAGCAAAAAAUCACACUUCCUCGAGAAAACGACAUUCAGCCUUUAAAUGAAGCACAAAAUGUUUAG